GUCAGAACACCUACCUCUGUGAGAUAGGUAUAUAAGAGACGACGGUUCGAUCAAUACUUUCCUUCUUUCAUACACUUCAUACUCAAGGCACCACUACAAUACACCCACAAGUAAAUACAUCCGCUUUUCCAAUCCUCAACACCAACACCCUCCAUCAACACCUCCCAAGCAAACCAAAAACAAAAAUGGGUCUUAUCAAAACGGCAAUCAUCUCAGGAGUUGCCAUAUACGGUGUCAACAAAUUGGCAAAGUCUUCCGAAAACAAAAGACGCGAUCAACAACAAUCAGACAACUACUACCGUGACCAUCAGGCACAAUCGCAACCACGUUACAGAGAUAUGGGUGGUAUGAUGGACGACGAAUAUUACUACAACGCUCCUUCGAGGCGACAAGAAAAAGGGCAACCCCGAGAGAUGAACUUUGUCGAUCGUCGCUCGGCAUACCCAUCCGACUAUGAUCGUGACCGUCAGUACGACGAAAAGAGCCAACAACAAUCUCCUCUUUACCUUCAAAACGACCCACGCUCACCAUUACCUGGUUCCCUCAGGAAAGAUUACACCAUGUCAGGCGGUUACGGUAAUGAUGAUGGAACCACACAACAACCACCACCGCAGUACGAGUACAACCAAUAUCGACCUACUGGUCAACGCUACCCACAACGCUCGGGGUUCGUCGAGCCAGAUGAACUCUCAGAGUCAGAUAUUCAAAGUCGAAACGGAGGGGCCGCUGCCCCUACGGGGCGGGGGAGUGGUAGUGUCCGGAAUGGUGCCUCAUCCAUGUUGAAUAACCUGGCGGACUUUUUGAACGGUGAUGGUAAGAAUGGGAACAGGAACAAAAUGUUUGCCAAGUAAAUAUACGUCCUUCAUUGACACCAGCUCCGUGGGACUGGUGAUUUAGACUCGUGCUGUUUUGUUGUUGAGCGUCUGGCAGGUCUGACGAGACAAGGCGUUGUUGGGAUUGAUCUCAUCUGAAAGGUAUCCAAGUCCUUUUCUUUUCCGCGGAGGUUCAUAAACAUCAAUAUGAAAUCGUCAAAUCUCU